CUUCCUGUGCUGUAAUUUUGAUAUGACUAACGGCUAAAUUGUUGGCGAUGCAAAUUAACGGUAUCAUGGAAACCAGAUGGUUUCUUUUUGCGGCAUCUUAUGCGAUCUGUUGUUUUUUCAUGUUUACCUGAACUAGCUUGUGAUGUUUGGAGAAAAAAAUUAAUAUGAGUUCCAACUCAAAGUUAUUUUUAUAUCUUUAUGAAAACUUUAAGGUUAAUCUUGUCAGAGAUUAAUUGAGCAAGAAGCAUCAAAUGCUGGCUAUUAAGAGAAAUCAUCCAUGAAUUAUUAGAUAAAAUUAAAGUCUUAAAAAAUGAUCGAGUGUAAUAUAUCAUCUAAUUUGUUAGCUAUUAAAGACAACCAAAUAAAAAAAAUAGAAAACAACCCAAAAGAUAGGUACAAUAUUGUCUACAUUAUUCUGUAUGGUCUUGGCUGCGGAACAACUUUGCCAUGGAAUUUUUUCAUCACUGCUAAUAGCUACUUUAGCAUGAAAUUCGAAAGUGAACCGCUAUUAACAAAGUCGUUUCAAAAUUACUUUUCUUUGGCUGCAAUGCUUCCAAACUUGUUGAUGAUGUUUUUAAAUGUUAUUUACUUACAAAGGUUUUCACGUGUCAAGCGCAUUUGUAUUUCUUUAUUCAUAAUGAUUGUUGUAUCUAUAGCAACAACAUCUUUGGUUUUAACUGAUACAUAUUCAUGGACUGUACAAUUUUUUGUUAUAACAAUUGCAAUGCUGGUUGUAAUCAAUGGAUCUGCUGCAGUUUUUCAAGGUGCAUUAUUUGGGUUUGCAUCUUUGUUACCUUCAAAGUAUUUGCAAGCUGUAAUGGCUGGGCAGGGUCUUGGCGGACUACUUGUUUCAGUGAUCAGUAUUAUUUCUAUGUUUGGUAACAUUAUAGCAAGUGCCUUUGGUUGCUUUUGUACUGCUGCAGUUGUAUUAAUCAUUUCUAUGGUUAUGUAUAUACUCCUGGAAAGAUUAAGUUUCGUAAAGUUUUACACCAGAAAAUUGUUGUUAGAUAGUGUAUAUUUGGAAGAAUUUAAAGAAAAAUCUCAUGUUUUUACUGAAGAUACACAUGAAGAUCAUGAACACAAUGACUCAGCAAUAAUUGUACAACCAGAAAAAAAUGGUAUUUUACACAUAUUUAAAAAGAUUUUGCCAGCAAGUUUAUCAGCCUUUUUAGUCUUUUUUGUGACUCUAUCUGUUUUUCCAUCUACAAUUGCAAGGAUUCAGUCUAGUAGUAACCAGCAUAACCAAUGGACAGAUAAAUUUUUUAUCCCUGUAACAUGCUUUCUGUUGUUUAAUCUUGGUGAUUUUUUGGGUAAAUGUCUGUCUGGCUUUGUAUACUGGCCUAAAACCAGUCGUCUCUUAAUUUUGAUGUGUGCGGCACGUUUGGUAUUUUUGCCGUUGUUUGCGUUGUGCAAUGCUCAACCUCGUGACAACGGAACAUUAAUUGUCUUCCAACAUGAUGCAUGGCCCAUUUUAUUUACGAUAGUUUUUGCGACCACUAAUGGUUAUCUAGGAUGUAUAGCUGUCAUGCAAGGACCGACAUAUGUAAAUGCUCGUGACGCUGAAAUGGCUGGAACUAUUAUGGUUUUUUCUGUUGUGGCUGGAUUAACUUGUGGUGCUGCAUUUUCAUUUGCUAUUGCUCCAAAUUUGUAAACCAAUUCUUUGUUAAUAACUUAUUUUAUUGCUUAUGUUCUAAAAGUUAUAAUAUAAAUUUGUUUAUAUAUAAAUUUGUAUAAAGUUUUUAUUCUCCUUAAAUAUUUCU